AUGUUAAUCUAUCUCAGCCUUAAAAAAAUUGGGAAAGGAAAAAUGGAUCCUUUAUAUUUUUCCAAUGCUUUUGGCAUGGAGGUCAGUGCCCAAGAUGUAAAUUCCUCCUCACUGACGAACAUGACGGACAACAGGAAUAGAACAGGACUUCCUGUAUCCAAAGAUGUUCACACAGUUCUUAUCUCUAUCAUAUACUUCCUUGUAUGUGCAAUCGGACUCAGUGGGAACACCUUGGUCAUUUAUGUGGUUUUGCGUUAUGCCAAGAUGAAAACAGUCACCAACAUUUACAUCUUGAAUUUAGCCGUAGCCGAUGUACUCUUCAUGCUUGGCUUGCCAUUCCUGGCUACUCAGAACGCCAUCUCUUACUGGCCCUUUGGCUCCUUUUGGUGUCGGCUUGUUAUGACCGUAGACGGCAUUAAUCAAUUCACCAGUAUCUUUUGCUUGACUGUCAUGAGUAUGGAUCGCUACCUUGCAGUAGUUCAUCCCAUCAAGUCCACCAAAUGGCGGCGUCCAAGGGUGGCCAAACUGAUCAGUAUAACAGUCUGGACUUUCUCAUUCUUGGUGGUUCUUCCAGUCAUUAUAUUUUCCGAUGUUCAGGAACACCUUCACACCUGCAACAUGAACUGGCCAGAGCCAGUGAACAUAUGGUCAGCAGUCUUCAUCAUUUACACAUCGGUUUUAGGAUUUUUUGGACCCCUGCUGGUGAUCUGCCUCUGCUACCUGCUGAUUGUGAUUAAGGUCAAGUCUUCUGGGGUCCGAGUUGGGUCCACAAGGCGCAGGCGGUCAGAGAGGAAAGUGACCAGGAUGGUGGUCAUCAUUGUGGUCGUCUUUGUGUUUUGCUGGCUCCCGUUUUAUAUACUGAACAUUGUCAAUUUGAUAUCCACCUUGCCAGAAGAGCCUGGGUUACUUGGUGUUUACUUCUUUGUGGUGGUUCUGUCCUAUGCAAACAGCUGUGCCAACCCCAUACUUUAUGGAUUUCUCUCUGACAACUUCAAGCAGAGUUUUCAGAAAGUUUUAUGUCUCCGGAAGGGGAAUGGCGUUGAAGACGGAGAUCCAACCAAGCACCGGCAGGAGAACAGCAGCCGCUUGCAAGAAGCAGUGCUAACCCAGAGAAACAUGGAAUUCAAUGGACAUAUGCAAACAAGUAAGGUGUGA